GAGGGGGUGCCCUGCCUUGGGGGAUGUCCCAGCCCGUAAAGCCUCAUGGGGAGGGAGUGGUUUUGAGGUAGGGGGUUAGGGAGAGGAAGCUGGAGUCAAAUCCUACUUUUAACGAGGACCCUUCUCGGAGAUGCACCCCCACUGGCCCUAAAGUGACAUUCACCUUUGCCCUGGCUGGCUCCUAUUUCACCAAUUCCUGCAGUGACAGCUGGUGGACCCAGGGGAUGAAGUUUCCCACCCUCCCUAUCCUGGUGUCCCACCCUCCCCUUUCUCCCCAGAGAAUCACAGGCGAGAACACUGGUGUGCCCGUGGGGUGGCGCUGUCGAUGGUCUAGGGCUGGCUCUGAGAGACCUGCCAGGUGCUUGAAGACAUGGCUUCUUGGGGCCCUCACCUUCCAAGGGUCUGUGGCCUGAUCCCCAAGUGGGGCUACUCCCUGUUGUCAUGAGAGAGACCCUGGAGGCCCUCAGCUCCCUGGGAUUCUCUGUGGGACAGCCAGAGAUGGCCCCCCAAAGUGAGCUCAGGGAUGGAUCUCAUAAUGCCCAGGGGCAGAUGACCUCCACCAGGGAAGAGAGAGCAAUGAACACACACUCAGGACAUGAGAUCCCUGGCCCAGAGGUUAGUGCCCAGACUGAACAAGCCAAGGCUCCCUGCAGAGGUGGCCAGAUGUGCACCCCACAGAAGGCUGAGCCUGUGGGCUCCUGCUCUGGCGAAGAGUGGAUGAUUCGGAAGGUGAAGGUGGAGGAUGAAGAUCAGGAGGCAGGAGAGGAAGUCGAAUGGCCCCAGCAUCUACCGUUACUUCCUAGCCCCUUUCCCACACCUGACCUGGGGCAUCUGGCAGCCGCCUACAAACUGGAGCCGGGGGCCCCAGGGGCUUUAGGUGGGCUGGCGCUGUCUGGGUGGGUCCCGGAGAAGCCCUACGGCUGCGGAGAGUGCGAGCGGCGCUUCCGGGACCAGCUGACGCUGCGGCUGCACCAGAGGCUGCACCGUGGGGAGGGCCCCUGCGCCUGCCCCGACUGCGGCCGCAGCUUCACGCAGCGAGCCCACAUGCUGCUGCACCAGCGCAGCCACCGCGGCGAGCGGCCCUUCCCGUGCUCCGAGUGCGACAAGCGCUUCAGCAAGAAGGCGCACCUGACGCGCCACCUGCGCACGCACACGGGUGAGCGGCCCUACCCGUGCGCGGAGUGCGGCAAGCGCUUCAGCCAGAAGAUACACCUGGGCUCGCACCAGAAGACCCACACCGGCGAGCGCCCCUUCCCCUGCGCAGAGUGCGAGAAGCGCUUUCGCAAGAAGACGCACUUGAUCAGGCACCAGCGCAUCCACACCGGCGAGAGACCCUACCAGUGCGCGCAGUGCGCACGCAGCUUCACGCACAAGCAGCACUUGGUGCGUCACCAAAGGGUGCACGAUGCCACCAGCCGAGUCCGGCCUUCCCCUGAAGCGCCCGCCUCGCCCCUUUCCCCCUCUGUGUCCCCCACGCCGCCGUCUCCUCCCGGGCCCAAGCCAUUCGCCUGCUCGGACUGCGGCUUGACCUUUGGCUGGAAAAAGAGCCUGGCUACGCACCAGCGUCUGCACCGCAGCGAGGGUCGCCCCUUUGGGUGCGACGAGUGUGCGCUGGGUGCCAUCUCGGACCCCGCCGCCGCAGAGUCGUUGCCCUGCGCACCUCGUGGUCCGGGCUGCAGCCCGGGCCCUGGCCCCGAGGCGCCCCAGCACAGUGUUCCCGGAGAGCGCUCCUUCUUCUGCCCGGACUGCGGGCGCGGCUUCGCCCACGGACAGCACCUGGCGCGGCAUCGGCGCGUGCACACGGGCGAGCGGCCCUUCGCUUGCGCGCAGUGCGGCCGUCGCUUCGGCUCGAGGCCCAAUCUUGUUGCCCACUCCAGGGCUCACAGCGGCGCCAGGCCUUUCGCCUGUGCCCAGUGCGGCCGCCGCUUCAGCCGCAAGUCGCACCUGGGCCGCCACCAGGCCGUGCACACGGGCAGUCGCCCCCACUCUUGCGUCGUCUGUGCCCGCAGCUUCAGCUCCAAGACCAACCUGGUUCGCCACCAGGCCAUCCACACUGGCUCCCGCCCCUUCUCCUGCCCGCAGUGUGGCAAGAGCUUCAGCCGCAAGACCCACCUGGUGCGACACCAGCGCAUCCAUGGCGAAGCUGCCCUCCCAGCCUCUGAUGCCGACCUGGAAGCCCCACCCUGGCCCACUCCCACUGAGGUGGCACCGGCCCCGCUCUUCUGAGCCUGUUCUCACCAGACCUUUCCAUAGCUUUACGAUUCGAGAGCCUCAUGCCCUGAGACCUCUUGGCCCUUCAACGCUAUGGCUUGGACUCCUGCCGCCAUCCGUUACCCACCCACCCCCCACCCCCGGUGUCUGGACAAAGUCCACAAAGCAUCCCCAGCUCUGACUAGUAAGAAAGAAGGCACAGAGAAUCCUUGCACAUGCCUCAUGAGAAAGCAGACAUCCCUGGGCCUGAACAGAACAUGGCCGAGGCAGGUGGGCUGUGAACCCAUAGUGGGAGGGAAAGAAUGGUUGUCUGUGUUCUCAAAAUGUCAUUAAAGUUCAAAUUCCAAGAC